UUUACUAAAUAAAUAUGGUUGAUUUCUGCUGAAUAAACUAAAGUUAAAACACAUAUCAACCUCGUUCUUCUCGUAGACAUUUCUACAAACAGUUGAUGUGCAUAACAGAGGCAUCAACUAAACUGUAGGGAGAGUAAAGAUGGCAGCUUGUUCUAGUAAAGGAGGGUGCCCAAGUGACUAUGUAGCCCUUUCAGCUGCUCUACUGUCCAUGAUCUUACUUCUCCUGAAAGCGACAUUACCUUACAUGAUUCACAAGAUUCCUAGGUCCAAAGGCAGUAGCUUUUGGCUAGUGGCAAUUCAAGUUAUUGCAAGCUUAAAUCUGUUGUUGUCCAUAGUGAUGGCCCUCAAUUUUCUAAAGUUCAGAAAGAGACAUUGGUGGAGGUCAUGCUAUCUUUGGGCAGUCUGGAUUGAAGGUCCACUCGGAUUUGGUUUGCUGUUGAGCUGCCGUAUUACACAGAUAUUCCAACUAUAUUAUAUAUUUGUGAAGAGACGUCUGCCACCAAUUAGAUCCUAUAUUUUUCUUCUACUGAUUCUCUUGCCAUGGGUAGCUCUUGCUGCAGUUAUUCAAAUAAAAAAACCUCUAAAUGACCGGUGCCACAUGGGGACUCUGUGGAUCAUCCUUGUUAUGGGACUUCAUGCAUUAUAUGUUGUAGCUUUGAUUGCUUUUGCUGGGGCUGUGCAUCAUGUGGAAUUCAGAUUUCAUGAACUCAAAGACCUUUGGAGAGGAAUUCUUGUCUCUUCAGCUUCCAUUGGAAUAUGGGUGGCUGCUUAUGUUAUGAAUGAGGUUCGAGAGGAUAUAUCAUGGCUAGAAAUUGCCUCUAGAUUUUUGCUAUUGGUUAUGACAAGUGCCCUUGUACUGGCAUUCUUCUCUUUCUCAAUUUCUCAACCUCUUGUCUCACUUAUGAGCUUGAGGAAGAAGAAUCAGAAAGAAUACAAGACAAUGAGUCAGGCAUUAGGUAUACCUGAUAGUGGGAUCCUAUUACAGAGGGAAUCGACAAGCAUUUUAGAUCCCAAUGAACCUUUGGAAAAGCUCCUGCUGAACCGAAGGUUCCGUCAGUCCUUCAUGGAAUUUGCAGACAGUUGUCUGGCUGGAGAGAGUGUGCAUUUCUACGAUGAAGUGCAACAUUUUGAUAAAAUUCCUAUUCAGGAUUCAGUUAGGAGAAUUUACAUGGCACGCCACAUAAUAGAGAAGUAUAUAGCUGCAGGAGCACCAAUGGAGGUGAACAUUUCUCACCGAAUCCGGCAGGAAAUUUUGAGUACCAAUGAUCUCUCCCACACUGAUCUCUUCAAAAAUGCUCUAGGUGAACUGAUGCAGCUUAUGAAACUGAACUUAGCAAGAGAUUACUGGUCGUCAAUGUACUUCAUGAAGCUGGAAGAGGAUAUCCGCAUGAGAGCAGUUGAUCCGGAGAUGGAACAUGCUAGUGGUUGGAAUUUUUCCCCAAAAUUGAGUUCUGUCCAUUGCAGUGAUGACCCUUUCCAGCAUGAACAUAGCCCCAGAAAUUCUGGAUGUCAUAAUCAUGAUUCAGAAUUGCGAUGACAAAACAUGUGAGUGGGAUCAUGACUUUCCAACGUGAUGGAGUUGCAUAUAUUUGGCCGUGAACAGGAAAGAAGGGAACCUAAACGAGACAUGAUAUUCAUCUUCACAUGAUGGGCUCCAGCUACCUGAUUCUCCUGUUCAUAAACGAUACGAG